UAAAAUAACAGUUAUAAAACCUGGCUUUAAUUGUCCUGCCCCAUAGGUGACAAGUGUUGCAGAGAAUGACUGGUCGAUUUGAUUAUUUCUAUAGUUGUGUUAUCACACUGCCCUCUCAUGUUGGGCAUAUUCCAAACGGCGCGGGCAUUUUUUAUAAUGUUCUAUUAACCACUUGGUCUAUAACAGAUACAUUACAUUACUAUUACAUAGUACGUAUACAUGACACUUAUUUAAUGUUUUAGAUUCAACAAUUUCAUAAAAUAACUACAAGUAAACAUUUAAUUUACGAAUUUGGCCGCCCCAUAAUAUUCACCAUAAUGGUUGUAUGUUCGCGGCUAUCAUUAUUAUUUUCGGACGGGAAGCAACUCAUGAAAGUUUUUAAUCUUCUACAAGAAGUGGAUGUCGUACUGCCUUCGGCCUCUUCAACCCUCAAAGAAGAUGCUAGAAAAAUGAAGCUUAUAUUUUUCGUAAUACUUGUCUUGCCCCUACCAUUUCAUUUAUAUUCAUUAAUGUAUAACAGUGAUGGAUCCCUAAUGUCUAUACUGAAUUAUGUCGUUGUGCGUUUUAACAACACAGGAUUUGGUUUAACUGAAUGUCAGUUUCUUUGUCUCUGCAAUUUGGUAUACACGAGAUUCAAAGUGAUUAACAAAAGUUUAAGAAGUUUAACACUGAUGACGAAGGGUGAUGAUAUUCUACUAAAUAGCAAUGCUGGUGUUAACUGUAACAGAAUUUCUAACGUGAUUGACGAAUUACAUUUGACAGGAGCAUCAAAUUAUCCUCCAGGUUACAACUCAGUAAGGAAUUGUAGUUCUUCUAAUAUUGCCGCUGAAGAUAUACAAAAAUUAAAAUUAGCGCAUGUUAGGCUAACAAAAGCCUUGACUAAUCUAAAUCUGUAUUAUAGUCCGAAUUUGUUAUCAUCCACUUUUGCUUACAUCUUUUUCGUUCUGUUUUGCCUGUACUACUCGGUUUAUAGUAAUUAUCAAUUAUCAGCAUCGGAUAUUAAUAAUUUACAGCUUUUUAAUAGUACACUAUGGAUGGUGUUAGUUCUGAUGAAAUUUUUUUUGGCUUGUUUUGUGGCCAACUACGUCACAGAUGAAGGCAACACGACCAAGAUUUUGAUAUCUAGAUUCAUUCACAGAGGUUUGCCGACAGCUACGAAACAAGAGCUCAUUAAUUUUUUUGAAUACGCUAUUGAAAGAGAAGAAAAAUUGACAAUAUGCGGAAUAUUUAUCUUGGACCACAGCCUAUUAGCAAAGGCUGUGGUUACAGGAAUUACAUUUUUAAUACUCUUAAUCCAAUUUCGAAGUAUUUAACUGGUUAAUACAUGCAGGAUUCUUGCAUUCAGAU